CGGUUCUAUAUACGUCAAUCAUGUGUCUAAUGGAGUUAUCAGAACUGUCAACAUUUGUAUUGUCACAUGGGCAGUUCUGCAAUUAACUAUGAAUUUUACAAUCCGAAUAACGAAAACUUGCUUAUAAAUCGAAGCAUUAAAUACGAUAACGCCCGAAUUGAACAAAUUGAACAAAAAAAAUUAUAUGUUGAUUUAAGUAAUAGUAAAAUUCCUAGCAAUUUUAUUGAAAAUUCAAAUGCUGGAAACCUUCAACUUCUACAAUCAGUCACUGAUCUAGAAAGAAGACGCCGUAGUAUCAGCGACGAUAGUAGAAUAUUUGAUUGUAGUAAUUCAACAUCUCAUUUUUGUUUAGAUUACAAAAUGAACUACAAUCAAGGCAGGAUGUGUGCCAGUUCUUAUGGGAAUGGACGAUCACAGAACACCUGGACUAAAUAUUGUUAUGGAAUGGCCUUAUUAGGCUCUUUAUAUAUAAUUAUCUUAGUUGUACAUCAAGGCGAACUCAUACGAAAUAUUAACAAACACAUUGAGAUCAUAAAACUAGAUGUAGAUAACAACUUAGAUACUGAAACUAGAAUAGUUAAAUUAGAAGCUUUAAUAAACAGUAUAAAAAAAGAACAGGAAUCUCGAAAAAUGGCAUUAAAGGAUUUAAUAAGUUCUGAGUUAGAAAUAUUCAGUGCAGACAAAACUGGAAGAACAGACUUUGCCAUGGAAUCAUCGGGUGGAAAGAUAGUCGCCCUAACUCCAGGCACCGAAAACUUCGAUUAUGCUAAAACUCUUUUUGGAAUAACUUUGUGUGAAGGUAUGCAUGGUCCUAGAGCUAUGCUUCAAACCGAAAUGCAUCCAGGCCACUGCUGGGCUUUCAAGGGAAGCCGAGGUGGAGCUGUAAUCAAAUUAAUAGGAAAAGUCAGAAUCGAUGCUGUUAGUCUUGAACAUAUUUCCGAAGGAGUUUCACCUUCGGGUGAAAUAACUUCCGCUCCAAAAGAUUUCAUUGUUUCUGGAAUGAAUAAUCCUACAGAUAAUGGAAAGAAACUUGGUCAGUUUACUUAUGAUAUAUUCGAUUCACAGCUACAGAUGUUUGGAAUACAUAAUAAUAAUUAUUAUGAAUAUGUGGAGUUUAAAGUGUUGUCAAAUUAUGAAAACCCGGCUUACACGUGCGUCUAUAGAUUUCGAGUACAUGGUACCCUGCAUAAACACUAGUUUUUAAUAUUUGGGGAUUUCUUGCCCAUGUAUAAUUUUUUAUAUUUUUUAUUUUAAUUUAUUAAAAUAUACACUAAUCAUGAUGUUCCUGUACAAGUAGAAUAGUAGUUUGUGCAACAAGAGUGGGUAUAAUGACCACAUCGCACGAUGACACAGUUUGAGCAAGAUGCCAUAGGUGAAGUUCUCAAUCGUCUGAAUGCGAUAUGGACAACCCACUCGAUUUGUACAGUAUAUUUUUUCUGCGGCCCAUUAACGAAAAUUUACCAAUUUAAAAAAAUUAUUUUAGGUUAUACACAGACAAAAUAAGUAAUUUUAAAAUAAUUUAUCAACUUUACUGAU